CAUGAGAGGGCUGAUCCAUCUUUGCAGUGUUCUUCGUUCCCAGUGAGGACGCGCACCAGUGUGAACACGUCAUUCCGAGUGACAUGCGACUGGAGAAUUUGAACAUCUGAGGCUUACCGCGUCGGCGGGCCAAGCGAAGUUGACGACUGUAUCAAUUGCUCUUUGUUGCAGAGGACUCGCCCUAUAACGCCCAUUGCGCUCCAUCUUCCAUUCAGAUGUACAAGAGGCUCGGAAGUGUUAUCGCAUCAUCUCGACUCGCCAAUGGCAUGCCGCUCAAGAUCUUUGACCUUUGAUACGAUCCGCAACGUCUAUCUCCAGCCGCCGCGUCGCCUACGUGUACCAAGUAAACAACAAACGUUCUGAAUUUCCCCCGUUUACCGUCAUCGUGCCUUCUUCCUCGUUGUGGUGCGUUCAUGAAACCGAGACACACGGCGUAUUUCAAUGGAACGUCGCAUUGGAAGGGGAGGAAGUGGGUUCUUCGACUAGGAUGUAUACGAUUCGUUCUAUGAGUACACCUACAAAGUCCACCCCGUUCUCAUUUGCUCAUGUCCUCUUCGACUCUAUUCCACAAGACAGGCAAGGGCUAGCGCUCACCGCUUUCUCCGACCUUCUUUUCCCCUUCUCCUACUCGUGGCCAGCUCUGGGCUGCUGCACAAGAUUCGUAAUAGCUCGAAAGAAAGCCCUUGGUGGUAGACUCCGAGCGCAUGGCCGAGCGGAGUAUAGGCCAGUGCAAAAUCCCGCCGUAUGUGCUUACCCCGUUACCUCGUUCUUACUUGGAUGGAGGAUAGCAGAGAGAAAAACGGUUUCGGGAUAUUGGGUGUGGCGAUCAAGAGCGAUGAUUGUCCUUGUUGGUGGCGCUCUUUUUGCAGGGCCGCCACGCCCUGUGUCGUCCUUUCGACUGUGCCGCUACCUCCACCUCCGUUGGUGAUCGAUGGAGGAUUCGACUAGCCGCUUACCCUUUCGGUUUGUGCGUGGAAUUAAGAACGGCCGUUGACAAAACCUUGUGCUGUGGAGUUCCUAUCUGCAUGAAUGACUACCCUUAUCAACGAUCACGAAGAGCCUCCGGCUUGUUGAAACGAUUUUUGACUGCAACUAUCAUCGUGAUACUGGUGCCUUUCCUUUCAACUGGGCCAUUCACGCUCGCAACGGGACUCUUCACCCUCCUGUGCCGGUCACAAUUUACUCUCUCUCCGUUUGUAGGGUAUGGAAGUUUCCAACUUGGGUUAGCGUUUAUUCGGGAGGUCGUAAAACAACUUACUGUGCAGAAUCUACGCAGAAAGACCCAUGGGCCAUCUGUAGCAUGCCGUAUCGUGUACAACUCCCGCGCUACAUACAAAACAUGAAAUUCUGUUUCCGCG